AGAGAGUGGAGAGUGGAGACGGAGGGCAGAGAACCUAAUCGCCCGUGGGUGCCAGCUCUCUGACGAGUGCGCGAAGGGUGGCGGCUUAAUCACCGCCCGCGAGGGCUCGGCUCCAUUUUUCUUGGUCCGCAGAAACGCCGGCAUUAGUGACAGGCGUCGCACAGGCUUCGUCGGGAGGGGUGGGGGAGAAAGGGUGGGGGAGAGCGGGGUAGAGGGUAGUGGCGAGGACGGAGGACGGAGGACGGAGAACGGGAACAGGCGCUGGCGACGAAGGCCCGAAUUAGAGAGGACGCAGUUUAAUAAUAUUAUUUACUUUUCUGGCAGGAAAGCUGUUUGAUUGUUUUGUUUACCUGUGGAGUUGUUGUUCCUGCGUAUGUUUGUGUCUGGCAUGCUUUCGCUCGUUCUCUCGCCGGCCUAUCGGCUGUCUGUGUAGCCCUCUCUCUCUCUCGCCCAAACAAGGUCUUUUUAUUUUCCUAUCUCUUUUGGGCAUGAUUUUGGAUUCCGGGGGAUAUUUUCUGCGUCCACACCUCGUGCCCAGAUUCCUCACCAGCACCCGUCGCGCGAGUGCUUUGCUUCUGCGUUUUUCUGCGCUUUGCUCCCGCGGUCAUGUCCCAGCGCUUUCCGACGUUGUUUCACGCGUUUCUCCUCGUGCUUUCUUAGGGUUGCCGAGUUCAGUUCUCUUACUCGCUGGUGCUCUUCCGAAGCACUGUCACCACCCCCGUGUCAUCUUUCUGUUAGCGCUUUUCCCAAUGCGAUCGAAGGGUGUCGUCGAGGCCUCCGUUUUGCUCGAGUGAUCAGGACCACCUUCUUCGAGGUCGUCCACGAGCUUUUAGAUGCAUCUCUGAAAGCCGUCUGCACUGCCUGUCGAGCACGGAGGAAAAUCUAGCUUGCUUGGACUCGAGCACCCUUUUGAAACCUCGCAGUUGUCACCGGGAUGUGCCAACUCCUCCUGUGACGGGCAGUCUGCAAUUUUCACGGAUGCAGUUCAUGCUCUCGUGUCGGAGCAUCUUAGAUUAGCCUCUGGAUUAGUGUCAACCGAAAGAAACCAUGUUCUCUUGUAGAACUGGGUCGCCGUUUAGCGAAGGAUGGGUAAAAUCGGAACAGGUGACGGGCGAAUUGUGGUCUGAAGGGAGGAAAAUACAGAGGGUGAUGGAGCUUUGCUGAAAUGGGAAGCCGCCAAGUCAAGCCGUAAAUGCUUUUACUUUUGCAGUCACGUGUACGCAAUGGAUGACGUUUCUCGCUGUCGGGAACAAUUGGCUUCUUUUCGAAUUAGAGAACUGAAGGACGUACUCUCUAGACUUGGACUUCCCAAGCAGGGCAAGAAGCAGGUUCUCAUGGAAAAGAUAAUGGGAGUUCUUGUACCAACAGAGAGGCCAGCUAUUGCUCUUAAAAGUCUGGGUCGGGGAGCGAACAAGAAUGCCCUUAGUAGAGAAGAUUGUGUGAAUGUCAUUGACGACAUAUACAGAAAGCUUCGGGGCUCUGCAGCUCCCGACCUGGCAUCUGCUGGGAAGAAAGACGUAGGAGCAGGAUCAAGUAGUGUCGCACGAUCUGAAGAGCCCGACGAAGCUGGUGGGUUGGAAGCCAGCAAAACACGAUGCCCUUGUGGCAACUCGAGGGACAUGGGUACGAUGAUUCAGUGUGAUGAGGCCAAAUGUGGAGUUUGGCAACACAUCAAUUGUGUGGUGAUACCAGAAAAAGCUGACGAGAAAGCGGAACCGGAAGUUCCGAAUUCUUUCUAUUGCGAGCAAUGCCGCAUCAACCGCAGUGAUCCAUUUUGUGCAACGGUAACUCCAAUAACUGCAACAAAGUUGCAAACCACCGGGACCAGAACAGAAGGCCAAAGUCCAAUGCAGAAUGUGGAGAAGACUUUCAAUUUGUCAACGAACGAGAAAGACAUGAUAAGCAGACCGAAUUAUGACCUCCAGGUCUGGUGUGUGCUUCUCAACGACAAGGUCCCGUUCCGAAUGCACUGGCCAGCGUUUGCUGACCUUAGGAUCAAUGGAGUUUCUGUCCGUGUAACUAAUAGGCCCGGAGGACAAUUACUGGGAGCAAACGGUCGCGAUGAAGGACCAGGGAUCACCACGUAUGCAAAAGAUGGAACCAAUCGCAUAGCCUUUUCCGCCUACGAUGCUCGACCAUUCUGCAUUGGUGUGCGCAUUAUACGUCGAAACACUCUUGCUCAGGUGCUUGCGUCAAUACCAGACGUCAACAAGGGUGAAGACUUCGAGGAGGCAAUUGCACGGGUACGUCGAGCUUUCAACGGUGGUGGUCAAGGGAACGCCGACGAUGGAGAUGACAGUGACUUGGAGGUGGUUGCCGAAUCAGUAUCAGUAACAUUAAGAUGCCCGAUGAGCGGUGGGCGCAUCAAAGUCGCAGGGCGCUUCAAACCCUGCACGCACAUGGGGUGUUUUGACCUCAAUACGUUUGUCGAAAUGAACCAGCGGGCCCGGAAGUGGCAAUGCCCUAUCUGCUUGAAAAAUUAUUCUUUGGAGAAUUUGGUUAUCGAUCCAUACUUCAAUCGAGUUACAUCUGCGCUCAAGGGCUAUGCGGAAGAUGUGACUGAAGUUGAGCUCAAACCGGAUGGUCUGUGGCGGCCAAAAGUAGAGGGAGAGAAGUCUCGAGAUCCAUGGCGUACACCUGAUGGUACAGUAGUGGUUGCAAAUGGUUCUGCGAAGGAACAAAAAAUACCUUUGGUUCAUGUAAAAUUGGAAGAAGGUGUCUCACAUGAAAGGGGUUCGCGUUCUCUGAUGAUAGGAGUCAAGAGAGCUGUUGACGGCCAAUGGGCGGUGAGCCCCGCGAAACGGGCGAAUGGAUGGGCUUCAGCCAACGCCGCCGGGCCAAGCGAGAGAGCAAAGCCUACUGUCAACAUAUCUCGGAGUAGCAGCGCUACUGAUAGUAACGAUGAAGAGAACGGAGAGGAUGGUGAACGAAGCGUGAAUCAGGAACAGGAACCCAGCGAAAAAGACGAAAACAAUGGCUAUCUCGACGAAAAUGAAGUAGAAUUUUCAUCAAGAGGUGCACAUGCUGGCAGUGCCUGGCCCACCAACAAAGCUGGGCCUAGUGAAAAGCAGCCUGCAGCAGACGUUAUAGUUCUUAGUGACACAGAUGACGAGGACGGGGACAUCAUGGUUGUUGGUUCCUCAGGUGCGUCAGCUUACGCAGGUUCAGAUACAAUGGGUAGGCCCACAUCGACGAGACCAGCAUCUCCAGAUAGGGAUACCCAGGAAAAUCCAGAUGAUGAACAUUUUGUUAGCAGCAUUCCGCAACCAUUCGCUCUUGUAAAUCCCUUGCUUUCUACUCGUGGACUUACCAAUUCGAUGGAAAACAAGUCUAAUAAUGGAGGAAAUCUUGGCCUGCCUCUAGACUCUAUGUGGCCACCUGCGAUACGGCCGUCGACUGGGCCAUAUAACUACUUCUCGACUUCAUCGGAUCACAUCAAUUCGUCUUCUGUUCAGCACAAUCCUCCUAUCAGGCCAACGGCGGUGCAAGCUGUGGCAGGUCCGUAUGGAUUGACUUCAAACCAGCAAACUAGGGACCCCGGGAGGAGCACUGGUUGGAAGUUUGGGCGCUCACCCACUCGCAGUCAGUCGAAUUCUGAAUGUAACGGCGCCAGCAACGAUGGGGGACUUGUUGUUACAUCUAGGGAUUGUCCGUUGCGGCUCUUGCUGCCUCAUCAGCCCGCUCGAGCUCAGACUCAGCCGAGCCUUCGAGAACCUCAUGAGGAAGUCGACAACACGUGGUUUUCGCUCAGUAUACCAGGUCAUGACAACAACUCAAAUCCAGUUCCAGCUAGGCGAGACAAGCAACGACCUGCAUCUCAAGGAAGGGCUUGUUUUGAUUCUUUGGCAGAAACAGCGUCCGAAGUCCUCCUCGGAAUGAACUCCCGUUCAGGCCAAGCUGAGAACAGAUCAAAAGCCCACAGCAGUCCUCCAUAUGGCUCCCCAGUAGACUCUCUAUCCCCCGCUCCAACCAGUCCUCCGUAUGGAAGGGUUCCUGCAAUACAAUCCAGUUCACCACGUUCUAAUUCACACCGUAGUCCAGCGGUGUCAAAUAGACAUCAUCGUCAUAGUUAUUUUCGAGUUGAUUCCGAUUCUGAUUAGAUUCUUAGCCCAAGCUUUACCGCACUUUUUCUCCUAGUGGAAUCUAUUCACUUCUUUGCGGCUUCAAGAAUUUUGAAAGCUGAGGGGACCAGAGCAGCACUCUUUGGCGAAAACUCUAGACGACAUUUGCUCCUAGUUUAACCUCCCUGCACCAACUUUCACAGCAAUCCGGGUCUUGUCCAGCUCUGCACCUUCUGUGGCUGGCAGGACUAGCAAGCAUGUUGUAGCCUUCCCAAAAACAUUCUAGUGCGAUCUCAAAGACAUCAUGAGGAAUGGUUAUUUCUUUUAUUCGGAUGCAUUGCCGUGUCGCUUAAAGACAUCACAUUCAAUAUGGUCCAAAGGAAUGUAGCUAUUUUUGGUCUGGAGGGAAGACAAUACAGAACUGGAGAUCAGUUGCAGCUCACCGAGGAUGUACAUGGUAUGCCUCUGAAAUUUUGAGACCCAUUUGCCAACAUCUUGUAGUGUCGGUAUUUGACGAAGACUUCGAUCAUUCUCUCAAAGGAGCGAAUGGCUUAGCUGUAGAUGCAAUAAGGAGGCUUUGUAAAUGUAAAUGUGAUUGUAGAGGUUUCACAAAUGUAUAAAGCGCAACCAAAUUGGCCUGUCAUUUCCCAUUAUGUCUUCUGUUAGUUACACUCGCUUCAUCGAGAUCCCUUGAGUCUCGUUUUUCGGUGGAUCGGUCUUACAUACACAUUCUGUCCAACAGUUGAUGCUCACCUUCACAGUUUUUUGAUCUAAUCACCUGAUUUUGUCCAA